AUGCAGCGCCCACCGCCCACUGCCGCAGGCCGACCCGCCAAUGGGCAGCGCUGUUGCGGUCUGCGUCGAGGGCGCCCCCCAGUCUGUGGUUUCAUGCUGAUUGCUCAAUGGACGGAGCAGCGAAGGAAUGGCGCGCAGCCAACACGACGGAGCAGAACGAGUGGGAGCGUAGAAGUGUCCACGGGACGGGGGCGACGCAGAGGCGCAAUUGCUACGUCGCAGACACUGGCCGAGAGGAGACGGAAUCUACGGUGGCCGUACCUGGCAGGCCGUUAUUCGUAUGUGACCGAGACCGAGCGGGACAGGGGACGGGCAGUCAACCCAGUCGCUGGGGGCUGGUGGAUUCGGCCUCGUGCACUCAUCCAUCUCAUCUCCUCUUCUCACACUGAGAAGUCCCGUGUCUCACUCUCUCCAUCUUGCAUCGUGCUGUCGAUAUCCCCCUCUGCGAACAUUGUCGGCCAGGCCGGCCAGCAUGAAGACGACCUUGCAAAUGGCCUCACCGCCGUUAUCGUCAUCUCCUCUCCCUUCAUGCAGCAACCGUUGGAGUCACCAGCCGGGCGACACGGGCUAUCUAUAAUGACAAUCUCGACAUGGGCGGACCGGGGCUCCCAGGCUAGGGAUGCCGAAAUUAGCUGGUCGUCCAGUCUCCGUCCCGUUGCACUGGGAAUGGACCACUCCUUUGUGCACGUCCCUCCAGCCUCAUUUUCCCUUGCUCGAGUUAAUCAGCUUUAAUCAAGUCGAGGGAACACAGAGGAGACAAGAGAUGAGAAGCGUCUCGUCUCAGAAAUCGUCCAGAAAUUCCA